AAUAGGGUUAGGCUGGGUAGGUCGGUCAGUGCUGACCUGUGUCCCUUUCCUGACCUAGACAACAGACCACCCGUCCAGACCUCUUGAGGCCCCGAUCCCACCACCAUGUCCUGUAGCGUUUGCAACUGUAAGACUAUACACUGUGAAGCGGUCUGCUGUUUCUUAAUCGGAUUGGCUGGAGUGACCAUUGGCCUGGUGGUGGCUGUGAUCAUUUUGGCCAUCUGUCUCUGCCGGCUCCAGAAGCAAGUGCAAAGACUGCAGAGGAGCAAGGCCCAGGACAACUCGUUGGAGCUGAGGGAGGAACAAGAACUGCACUAUGCCUCUCUCCGCAGGCUCCCCAUCGGGGAUACCGGGGAGGGGGCCAGGGAAGAGGGGCCUAAAGAGGAGGCCAAGAACCCCACUGAGGACGUGUCCUCCGACUACGCCUCCGUGGUCAAGCGGCCAGACCCGUCCUAACCAUCUGCCCUCCCUCCAGUCCCUCCCUCCACCCUCAAUCCCCGCCAGGACCUGAGGGGAAUCUCUAAAGAUCCCCUUGUCCCUUCUCCGGCUAAGAAGCUCUCCCAUUUCUCUCUGUCCCACCCCCACAAUGCUUCCCAACAAGAGUACUUCAUCCUCAACUGUGUCUGAGGCCUGUCUGUCUUUAGAGGCUGUGGGGAAAAAUGGCUACUGGAGCUGGGCUGGGAGAGAGCUGGGGCCUGAGGCUCGGCUCACUUUGGAAAGGCCAU